UAUUGUUUCCUAUUAGCUUUGUAAGUAGCUGCGAAGUAACAAAGAAUAAUUAAUUCAUUACUUAUUUACGAGUAUAAGACAAAAUAGCGUACAGAAUGAAAAAUAUAUUAUGGUUGGUUUUUGUGGUGUACGUUUGUGACGUAAGCUGCCAAGUAGUGAACCGUGUGAGAGUCAAGAACCACAGGGCGUAUAUCGCGAACGUUAUACAGGAGACAAUCUACACCCUCGAGGAGAGACAGUGGUGCAACUUGAGGCUCCCUGAUGUUACGAUAAGUGUCAAUGAAACGAUCUUCGGCAAAGAAUACCUCGGGAACGCGACAUAUAAGAAUGGUUUUCUCAUUUCCAUCCAAGAUGUAGCAAUUAGAAAUGCCAGCAUCAACCAAAAUUUUGUUGCAACAGCAGAUGGUACAGUUAGGGUGACGGUAACUGGUGAACUAAGGUUGAUAGAUGCAGCGAUAGGCUAUGAUGUCGUCACAGACUUUGCUGGCACUGAUACUCACCACUAUACAGCUGCCUACACGCAUCCAUUGUUGACAUACAUGUUUACUGUGAUCAGAAACGCGACGACCCAGGAGAUGGGAGUCACAGUGGUUGGUGACCAGCCGGAUUCGAGGAAUAUUGUCCGUAUGCUGCCUCGAGACAACAUCUCUGAUGCGCUGACUUCUUUGUUCAAUGUCGGUAUGAGCAAAGAAGGCGUGGUGGCGUGGGCAGACAUCAUACAACCAAUCGCUCUGGACGUCAUCACACACCGAGUACCAUUCCCAGGGUUUUGUUACAAUUGUCCAGUGACAGCGUAAUACUAUUAAAAUGUAAUCAAUCAUACAAA